GUGUGUGGGGGGGGCGCACACCGGCCGAGCCCCCCGCCCCUCAUGACUCCUGCUCUCCGUCCUUCCAUCUGUGCCUAACCACGCACCCCCCCCUCGCCCCACUCCGGUGGCGGCGGUGGCGGUGAGGCGCGGGGGCCCAGGGUCCCCCGCCGCUGCGGCCGGCGGCGCCGCUCCGGCAGAGUUUGGUGCCCUACUUCACUCUACUUUAGUUUCACUCACUUUACAUCCGGGCUUUUUCCCUAGGCAAUGGGGGCCGCAGCACAGCCCGUUCCUUAGGCAAAGGGAAAUAAAUUCGCCGCACCGACACGUCAAGUAGUCCCCCUCAGGAGAAGCCGCCGAGCCCGCCCUCCUGGCUCCCCCCGCCUCUCCCUUCCCUGGCUUGGGUCCGGCUGGCGGUGCCCCUCUGCCGUCCCGCGUUGAGGAACCGGCCUGGGUCCCUCGGUCCGGGCUCCCGCCCUUCCCCCUCGGGUCUCCGGCGGCGGGCCGGGCCGGGCCGGGGCGGACGGGGGCGCGCGCGGCGGCGUGUCGGGAGCGCGCCGCAGGCAGGCAGGCAGGGAGGCCGGCGGCGGAGGGAUCCCGGCGAGCGGUGCUGCGGCCGGGCCGGGUGAAUGGGAUUGAAGAAGAGUUCAGCUUCUCGGCUUGUUUUUGUGUCACAGUUUCUCUCCUCCUGCGCCUCUCCGGCUUCGUGCCUCUCUCCCCGCCCGCCUCCUCCUCCCCGCCGCAGGAGGAGCCCCCCGCGGAGAGAGGGAAGGAAAAGGACCCCACAGAGGCGAGAGCGAGCGAAGAGGAGGAGGAGAAGGGAGCAACCUACCAUCUUCCACUCCCCGCUUAGCUUAAAGAAAGUGAGAGGAGGAGAGAGAGAGAGGCGCCCAGAAGAGGGGGACAGGGAGGCCCGGAGAAGCGGCGGCACCGGCACCCUCCCCCUAUGAAGAAGAGUCCUCCCCCUCACAGAGAGGUCCUGCCAGGGGGACCCCGGCCGGCCCGCAGCACCACCGCCGCCGCCAGCAGGAUUAGUGACUACCAUCAGUACUCCCACACUGAGUGUGACUACCCCAGCUACAAAUACCAUUCUCCAGAUGCUACAGUUCCCAUUUGUGUGCUUUUGAAGAGAAGGAAGCAAAAAAAAAAAGCUUUUAAGGGGGAGCAGCGAGAGUGCCAGCUGACUGGAAUGUAGGGGAAGGAAGAUCAGAGCACAGCAGUGUAAUAAUUUGGAGUGCUUCCUGUUGACUUGUUAAUACUGCAUGGAAUUUGGCCCAGGCAAUCUGCUGUUGUGAAUCAGCAUAGUUUAUUCACUUGAGUAUAGGUGUGUCUGUUAUUAUUUGAGAAUCCGUUCCACUUGAAAGAUAACAGGUCAGUCUGGAAGAAGUAGAGAGCUGAAGGGAAGAACUUUCACAAAAACGCACUGUCCUUAAAGAGGAAACCACAGACUAAAGGCACUGGAAUCAGAAAAGACACUUCUAGAGAAAGUGGAGAAGGUAGAGGAUGGAGCUGCAGACUCUACAGGAGGCUCUGAAAGUGGAAAUUCAGGUUCACCAGAAAUUGGUUGCCCAAAUGAAGCAAGAUCCACAGAAUGCUGAUUUGAAGAAACAGCUUCAUGAACUUCAAGCUAAAAUCACAGCUCUGAGUGAGAAACAGAAAAGAGUGGUGGAGCAGCUUCGAAAGAAUUUGAUAGUCAAGCAGGAACAGCCAGACAGUAAGUUUCAAAUACAGCCCUUGGCACAGUCAGAAAACAAACUACAGACACCACAGCCGCAACCACUACAACAGCUCCAGCAACAUCACCAUCAGCAGCAGCAGCAGUCUACUGCACCCUCUCCAAACGUGAUUGGAUCACAGAAAACUGUAACUACAGCUUCUAUGAUCACCACUAAGACACUACCUCUCGUCUUGAAAGCAGCAACUGCGACCAUGCCAGCCUCUGUUGUGGGUCAGAGACCUACUAUUGCCAUGGUUACUGCUAUCAACAACAAUCAGAAAGCAGUCCUCAGCACUGAUGCGCAGAAUGCACCAGUCAACCUCCAGACAACAAAUAAGGUCACUGGGCCAGGAGCUGAGGCAGUCCAAAUAGUGACAAAAAACACAGUAACUUUGCAGGUUCAGGCUACGCCACAGCCCAUAAAAGUGCCGCAGUUCAUCCCUCCUCCCAGACUUACUCCUCGUCCAAAUUUUCUUCCACAGGUUCGACCUAAACCAGUUGCCCAAAAUAACAUUCCUAUUGCCCCAGCACCUCCUCCAAUGCUUGCAGCUCCUCAGCUUAUUCAGAGGCCUGUGAUGUUGACAACAAAGUUCACACCCACCUCUUUACCCAACUCUCAAAACUCCAUACAUCCAGUCCGUGUAGUUAACGGACAGACAGCAACCAUAGCCAAAACGUUCCCUAUGGCACAGCUCACCAGCAUCGUGAUCGCAGCGCCGGGUACCAGGCUGGCUGGACCUCAGACUGUACAGAUCAGCAAACCAAACGUUGAAAAACAGACUAUUAAACCACAUGUGGAAGCAGAAGAGAAGCAAACAGAAAGUCGUACAGUUACUCCACCUGCUGUACCCAAGCCAAAACGAGAAGAAAAUCCACAGAAACUUGCCUUCAUGGUGUCUCUGGGACUAGUUACUCAUGACCACCUGGAAGAAAUCCAAAGUAAACGACAAGAGAGGAAAAGAAGAACAACAGCAAAUCCGGUGUACAGCGGAGCUGUUUUUGAGCCUGAGCGCAAGAAGAGUACAGUCACGUACCUGAACAGCACAAUGCAUCCCGGGACACGUAAAAGAGGUCGUCCACCUAAAUACAACACGGUGCUGGGGUUAGGGGCUUUGACCCCCACCUCCCCCCUCUCCGGUUAUCCUGACUCCCCCGAAAAUGAAAAGACAGAGACCACAUUCACUUUCCCCGCAGCCGUUCAGCCUGUGUCCCUGCCUAGCCCCGGCUCCACAGACGGUGACAUCCAUGAGGACUUCUGCAGUGUUUGCAGAAAAAGCGGGCAGCUGCUGAUGUGUGACACAUGUUCACGUGUUUAUCACCUGGACUGUCUGGACCCACCUCUGAAAACCAUUCCCAAGGGCAUGUGGAUCUGUCCCAAAUGUCAAGACCAGAUGCUAAAGAAGGAAGAAGCAAUCCCAUGGCCAGGAACUUUAGCAAUUGUUCAUUCAUAUAUUGCAUAUAAAGCAGCAAAAGAAGAGGAAAAACAGAAACUACUUAAAUGGAGUUCAGAUUUAAAACAGGAAAGAGAACAACUAGAGCAGAAGGUCAAACAACUCAGCAAUUCUAUAACGAAAUGCAUGGAAAUGAAGAACACCAACCUUGCAAAACAGAAGGAGAUGCACAGCUCCUUGGAGAAGGUAAAACAGCUGAUCCGCCUCAUCCAAGGCAUCGACCUUUCAAAACCCAUAAACUCUGAGGUCAAUUCAGUAGCCAUCUCCAACGGCAUGGACUCCACUAACAAUACUAAUGCUGCCACCUCCACCUUAGCCCCCUCCCCUUCCCAGAGCUGCAUGGUGAACUGUAACAAGGGCGAUGAGACUAAAUAACACAGCGGAGUUCAGUGGGAGCCAGGGGAGGUGGCAGCGAGGAGGAAGAGCGAAAUACCGAAACUCUAGAAAAGCAAAACCGGAUUUCUUCUGGAAAGUGCAGAAUUCUUUAGUUCUUUGGUUCCAGAGAGAGCGUGAAGAUGCUUGUGCCAGGCGGCACCGGAGUUUGCCAAUUGAUCCUUCUUAUUCUGUGUGUACAUGCGAAGUUUGGAUCAUGUUACAUGAAUAGUGCCAGCUGGGGGUUCUUUGCCAGCACCAUGCCAAGUGAAAUAAUAUAUUUACUCUCUCUAUAUUUUACACCAGUGUGUGCCUGCAGCAGCCUCCACAGCCACUAUAGGUUUGUUUUAUUUUUGUUUGGGGUGAGGAGCAGGGAUGAGGGAGGAGAGCAGGUUUCAAAUCCUUAUUUGCAGAACAGUUCGUUUAGCUAGGGGAAAACAAACAAACAAACAAAAAACAAGUCCAAAGAGCCUGUGGGCUUUUCCUGUUUCUAAACUCUCAGAACUAUUAAACCAAAAAAAAACCAAACAAAACCAAACCAGAAAUAUAAAUUAUCAAAUCCCAGUGCCCAGAAGGGACAAGUCUAUCAAAUAAGCAGUAUUUACUAUUGUUUAGACAGGAGAUGUACAAAAGGAAAGGAGAUGGACUUUUCACUGAGUAACCAGCACAUGUACAGGCUGAGGAUCUACUGUCCCAACAGCUGUGGCUUCAUCCUAUUUCUUCACAUUAAAUGACAGACAUGCUUUGCAGAAUUGGUUUGGGUCCUCACACUCAUCCAGAAAAACCCAUGUUGGGAAUAUGGGAAAACAGAGGGCCCCAAUCCAGGGUCAGCUUGGAGCAUUGGGCAGAGGUGUCCCAAGAGAAAAUGUGCGUCGAUUACUUGAAAAUGAGAUUCCAACCCUUUUCUAUAUUUAUAAACAACAAAGGUGUCCUGAACAAAGUAGCACAUGACCCAGAUGUGUGAACUGAACAGAGAAAUGUCCUUUUCUUUCACUUCCUUUCUCUUCUUUUGGUAACAAGAACUAAAUAUGGAAUAGAAAAGCUGUUUUUCAGGCUGACAGUCUAAUUAAAAGAGGUAGAUGGGACCUUGCAUGGUAUAGAUUAGAAGUACUAGUGUCAGUGAGAUACAGUGAGUCUUUGUGAGUCCUUGUGUCAUCGUUUUGGGCACUGUUUUUUUAUGCAAGGGCGAAAUCUUUGUAUCUGGGGGAAAAAAAAAAAAAAAAAAAACAAACAAAAAACAAAACAAACAACUUUUUUAAAUUAAAAAGGAAAAUAAAAGAUAUUGAGGUCUUCCUAGUGUUACUUAAAAUAAGAUCAAGGUAAGAAACGUUGUAAAAACAAACAAAACAAAAAAAAAAAAUUACAAAAGUGCUAUUUGUUUCCUAAACAAGUGAUUUCUAUUAAAAAGGUGUCAGAACUGGAGAAAACGCUGUGUACUUAGAAUUUUUUAACACAGACUUUGCUUAUUUAUGAUGACAUUCUGCUGUGUUUGUGUUUUAAAAUCCAAUGGGACAGUUUCCAUAGGUUAUACCAUACACGUUACUGGCUAAACUCUGAAUCAGACCCUGCAGUGCUGGAUCUCGGCCCGCCUGGAGGAUCUGCCAGGCAUGUCUCUGCUGUUGCCAUGUCUCUCCCAUUCCUUGCUGUGUUUGUAACCCGGAGAAAAGCAGUUGGCAGUGUGCUGGUUUCAGGCUUUUAGAGCUUUGUAAUACAGGCUGAUCGUUGAGAGCUUGAGAAUGACAGCCAGUAAGUUGGUUGGGCCUCCUCUUACAUCCUCUUGUUUAAGGAGUUCAUCUCUUCCGGAUACUCUUUCCAUGCUAGAUAGCAAAGCUUGCCUUGCUGCCUGUUAUUUUGGGGUCUGCCUCAGUUUGAAGUGGUGAUUCUGGUUACUUGAGGCUUGUGUCCCAGAGCUGGCUAAUUUCACUGGUGUAUACAAGUAUUUGGGCAAAGCCUGUUGCCACUGGAAGUGCUGGGAAAACUCCCUGUACCUCCACUGGGAGCAGAGUUGAGCCGCUACAGAGACAGUGCAAGGCAGAGUCCCUGGUUUGGUGCCCUUGAGAACGUGUGUUGGGUGAUGAGGCAGACCUGCUCAGCUCUUUCUAGUGGAAGAUGGAAAAGUUUGGGCUUGCAAAGAUGCAUUUCUGAGCAAGAAGUGACUACUUCAGACACUGCCUAGCCUGAGAGCCUCUCUGCUACCACAGCCAAGUGUGCUUCUGUGGGAUUCUUAGGGAUGUUUUCUUCUCUCUCCUUUAUGUUGCCCUUCUGCCCUCUAAGAACUUUUAUUCCUGCUGUAGGAGUGUGCACUAUUUUCAGCUCUGACUCAGAGCUGAUAGCCUGAGUUCGCACAUUUGUCUGCAGUUGGGAAAGUGGCUCUUAAGUGCACUCCUCAGCUGAACCCGUGAUAACCUCAACUGUAUCUUUUGAUGUUGGAGUUCUGUUCUGGCACUAGGAGAGCUGGAAGGAUAGGUGGGAAGAUAGCUGGGCAGACGACAUCAAAAGUGGUCCGACUAAAAACGUCCUUACAUCAACCCACUGCCAGCAGCAGGGGCCAUAACCAUAGUGCAGCACUGGGCCAGCAACCCAUAGCAUUUAAACCAAGGGCUAUGUACUUCAAGUUAUGAAGGGAAGAAACAAACUGAACAUGAGCCUUUUUUCUUUAGAGUAUGAAACAGCAGCUGAUAGUGUGAUUCUCAGGAGAAACUGCCUUUUUUGGCCAGGUGGCCCCUUGGGUAGCAUCAUCUUCUGAAGCACUGAGUACAUUCGUGGUGAGAGAGUCUCUAGAGAUAGGUGUGCUGGGUCUUCAAGGUUCUAACGUUCUGUUUCUGUUACCUGCUGAGCUUUCUCGGAAGCACUGCACUAUUUGGGGGUAUCACCCUAUACCUGAAGACUUGAUCACUCUUCUGUUUUCUUUGGCAGUUCAGGAGGGGAGGAAAGUGAAGUUCAUCGGUAGCCAUAUUUAACUGUAAGCACAGUUACCCAGCCAGGAGCUGUUUGACCAGCUGUUGCUGCUUCUUUGAGGCAUCCACAAACUACAGACUUUUAUGUCUCUUUUGUUACAGUCUUUGUGUUCCAGGCUCUAAGAGGGCACAUUUAGUUAAUCAUUACCUGGCAGAAAAAUAACUUAAACUUUUUGGUGCUGCUGGGUAGUUUUCUCUCUCUUGCUUGCUGAUCCUGCUUGGGUGCUUUCCCUCCUGGCUCUGCAAGAGUAGGCAAGAGGCAAUCCCAUACUAGCAAUGAUGCUGCUACACAGACACAAGUAAAUAGGAGAUAUAUCUGCUCAAUUAGCAAUAAGAAGAUAGAAGGGGAAUCAGCAUUUGCUAAAUGUGGAGGAAAAUGGGGCUGGUUUUCUUUUAGCUGCUUCAAGAGGUUCCCAUCAAAGGAGAAACUGAAACUCUUGGACAGCUAAAAGAUCAAGCUUCUGGGUUUGGAGUGGUUUGGGAUUUUUCUCAGGUAAUAUUGAGAUUGUGCUUGUAUUAAAAUGUCUGCUCUUUGGGACUGGCAUUCUGCAUUUCCAAACCACCAUCAAGGUAUCAACUAGUUUUUAUGUCAUUGCUUGUCAUUGGUGAGAAAUGAGUGGCUUUUAAAUCUCUGUUGUCACAGAGGAGAUGAGACCAGAGAGGAAAUGCCUAUCAGAGAUGGUCCUGGCUUUCAACCCAGUGUUAAGGGCCUUAAGAAGUCACCCCACUUUGUUGCUCAGAAAUAGAGUAAGCUUUGCAAGAAGUAUUUUUUCCCCCUUUCUCCUUACAGUCUGUUCUUCAAACAGCUAGGUGUGAGUGUGUGACCUGGCCAGAGGAAAUCAGCAUUUUCAUUGUCUUUUGUGUGGGGCCAGCAGUGGUUGUGGUGCCGCAGAGAGCACAGUGAAGGUGCUGCUUCUAGGGUGACUGGCAGGUAGAGCGAGCAGCGUCGCUGAUUCUUGGAGGACAUCAUUAGCCAGGAGUUGCCACAUUGUUAGAAUGGACUAAUGGUUUGCAGGAGCAAAACAAACUGUUCUUUGUUGCAGGUAAAUUUCUGCCAGUGGGGAUAUGAAUUAAAAGCUGCUCACCUGGCAGCUAAAGGGGUUAUAAUUUUAUGGGCAGAUCUAUUGAUUUUGUUACUGGUAGGAAAAAUCAUAUUGUAUUCUAUCCUUCCUUAGCUGUCCAGGCUUAAGAAAGAAAUCUGUAUUCCAGCUGUCUAAAAAUGUGAACCCUAAUUCUGACCUUCUUGGCUUCAAAUCAUCUUCUUCCCUGUACCACAGCAGCACGAUCAGCAUUCAGGGCAACCCAGAGUGAAGCCUCCCUCUUAGCCUCACCAAGCUGUGGCAGCCCACAAUCCAGGCAGUAAACACUGAGAUGUCCUUCCCAGGUGGGGGCAGUGUUAAGUAUUUGUGAAUUUGCAGCGCACAUGUUUCUCUUCCUCCCUUUUUUGUUGGUUUUUUUUUUUUUCUCCAGCUGGGUUGCACCCUGCCCUCUUUGCUUCUGAAGCACUCAUGGUGAAUAUGCGUUUUUUAAUGUUUUUAACAUAUCAUAUCCAGGUGUCCAACCAAAAUUCACUGUUUCACUGAGGGCCUCUCCCCGUCUGCUGCUCAGAUAACCACUGCAAUACCAAUCUUACACUUCCUUGUGGACCAUGCCCCUUUGGGCAGAAUUUAUAGUGUCUUCUCACAACUGUUUUGACCCUUCUUCACUUCCAUUUGUCCUCUCUUGGGAUUCUGAAGAUCCAGGGCAAGUUCAACCUUGCUGGGUUUACUGCUGAGAGUUUUCUGACAAGGAUGUAGAAGAGGAGUCAGGAACCUGGAGAAAGAGGAAGAUGUUUUGUGGUGCAGCUAACUCAUUUGGCGCUUAGACUUGCCUGGCCAACAAACUACCUCAGCAAAGGCCAUUCUCAAGCACUCUGUGGAUUCUCUAGUUUCUGGCAUUCAGAAAGCAAAAGCUCUCCAAAGAACCCCUCCAACAAGCCAGCUAGGCACUGGUCUCUGAGGGCUUGCGAAUGAGCCUGGCAGUGACAUGCUGUUGGCUCCUUGUUAUCAGUGGGCAGCCCCUGGACCAGGGAGUGCCCUAAAAAUCAUGUGGGAUCAGGAAAACACAAGAGCUGCAGACAUCCUGUCUCCAGGUUAUUGCUGUCUUACUCGGAUCCUUCUUCAGGCCUGAGUCUUGUUUGUAACACCUGCAGAAUGGAAUGUAAUACUUGAAAAAUAUGACUCUUUAUCCUUUAGCUCCCAUUUCCCCCAUGUUUAUAUAUUUUUUUCUUUUUUUUCCUUUUUUUCUGGGACAAGAACUUUCUGCAUCGUUGUGUCUUGUGUAGGCUGAGCACAUAGUUGAAACUUGCCAAUAAAGAAAAUUAUUUAUACCGUGCA